AUGGAAGAAUUACUGGCGCCCGCUCGACCAGUUCGAAGAUCAACGGGAGUCAAGCUGUCGACCUAUCGCUUCUUUGUACACACCUGGUCAUUGGCUGUAGAGUUGCAGUAUUAUUUGAUAGCACCUGUGUUGAUGGGAAUUGCGUCAUGCUGUGAACAAAACACUCGUCGGAUUCUCUUCUUCUGCUUAGCAGCGUUCUCUAUUGUCUUCCAACUUCUCAGUCCGCCAAAGUGUAGUGCACGAAAUGUUCAUUUCAACCUACCGAAAUUCACACAGGAGGAUUCCCAAAAAUGGUCAGUGUUUGCGCACAACGCCAAAGCCCAUAACCUGAAGGGCCAACUGCCUGAAGGGAGCAUGGAAUCUUUGGCAACAACCAUUCGUUUCGUCACACUGAAUUGCCGAACACUAUCGAGCGAACUCCAACAAGCCGCUCUAUCCAGACUUCUGCGAUAUCUCUGUGUGCCUUUUGCUGCACUGCAGGAAACACGCAUGAGGGAUCGGCCCGUCAUCAGCAUCGAAAAUUACACCAUAUACUGCGGCGAUGCUGAUGAGAACAAAGUAGGUGGCUGCGCGAUAGCUGUGAGGAACGAUUACAAGAAACUGAUGGAGGAAUUUGGCUCAACGUCGUCUAGAUGUGCCUUUCUACGACUGUGGGAUCGCAGAGGACGUAAACUCUGGAUCGUAAGUGCUCACGCACCUACGGAAACCGCUGAGGACAACAGUAAGGACGCCUUCUAUGAUGAACUCAAUGCGUUGAUGUCUAAAAUACAAAGCCAGCAGGUGGUCAUUGUCGGAGUCGACGCAAAUGCGAAGAUGGGACUCGAACAGCAAUCCGAUGUGCUAGGAAAAUGGUACUGUGCAACGGAGCGCACGUCGAACAACGGUGACCGUCUGGUCGACUUGUGCGAACAGACGGGCCUCAUCAUCGCUUCCACGUUUAAGAGGAAUCAUCGACGCCAUCAGCUCACGUGGCGGGGGUCAACCCUUUUAACGCAUGAAGAGCAGCGCAAGCGGAAGAUGAGGACUCUUAAACUUCAGCUCGACUACGUUCUUGCGAGGAACAUUCCUCAGUCAGAUAUCCGAAAAUCUAGAGCUUCGUCGCGUUCGACUCUGACCACCGUACAGUUCUUCUCAGCUUUAGGAUACGGUUCCACAAAAGAGAAACCGAGGCCGAGAAUCGACAUGGCAGGUCUGAAAGACGAUGAAUGCAGAAGAAAAUUCCGCCAACGUGUGUCUAUUCAUGUUGGAGUACGGACCAGGAAGAAGCUUAGCGAUGCGGAUUCCUUCACAAAGUGCAUCCAGGACGCUGCAAGGGAAACGCUCCCGGUUCUAUUGCCACGGAAGAAGUUUGCCUUUGUAUCUGCGGAAACAAAAUCCACAUACAAUUCUGUAUGUGUCGCGCGCAGCGCUGGUGACUUCAACCAGGAAAAGCGUCUUAGAAGGAAGCUGCGUCGUCAACUGCAACAAGACCGCGAUAACGAGUGGACGUCAAGAGCGAUGGAGUUUGAGAAGGCGUGGGAGGACAGGAACACGCGGAAAGCCUACGCUCUACUAAAACAGUAUAGCGGCAAAAUGAAAAGAUGUUCCCCUGUCAUCAACACUGCCAAUGUGGUAGCUGUCGGUGAAGCAACCCUUCCAAUUUGGAAAGAACACUUCAAGACCUUGCUGAACCGGCUAGCACCGUCAGCCCCUGAACUCGAACACGUUCAUAGACCGACAUACGCGGUUAACGAGGAGCCACCGACCGUGUCGGAGGUCUUGGUCUGUAUUCAAAAAAUGAAGAAUGGAAAAUCUGGCGGAGACGACGGGAUUAGCGCAGAAAUGCUAAAAUAUCUUCCUCCGUCUGGGAUUCGUGAGAUGACAAAGAUCAUCCGUUCAAUAUGGAUAGACGAAAGGAUACCUGAUUCGUGGAGAUACGCUAUCAUAAUUCCCCUCCACAAGAAGUUAUCCGUCACGGAUCCAAGGAAUUAUCGAGGAAUCUCUUUGCUGCGUGUUAUGUACAAGGUACUGGAGCGCAUUAUCCUGGACCGACUCAUUAAACAUCGCGAAGAAACAACGCGCGACGAGCAAGCUGGCUUUCCCGCAUUCGACUCUCCUCACCGAGGCCGUCUUCUCAACGCGCUUCGCGCCGAUGGAGUACCAGGAAAGUUCGUUCGCUUGCUUGAUGACGUGAAUCAAGGAACAACCGCUGCGGUUCGAACACCAGCCGGAUGUACAACACCGUUUGAAGUGGUAACUGGAGUAAGACAAGGGGCGGUGGCAGGACCCUUCCUGUUCAAUUUUGCCAUCGACGACAUUAUGCGAAGAACAGUCGACCAGUGUCCUGCCGACAUUGUCUUAGCACCAUCUGGGUGCCCCUUGACUGAACUCGAGUACGCUGACGAUGUUGUUAUAUUCGCGGAAAGCAGUACGAAACUUCAACAUGUUGUCAACCUUGUAUCGAAGCUGGCUGCAGCCUAUGGACUGCGCCUACGCCCUGAUAAAUGCAAGCAGAUAUGGAUCUCUUCGAGACCACGAAUGGGAAUCAGGGUGGACGGGCAACUGAUAGAACUCGUCGAUGAGUUCUGUUACCUACGCUGUACGCUGAAGAACAAUGGCAGCUACGAGAGAGAUGUUCAGCAAAGAUGCGCUAAGGCCACUUCUGCAUUUAACUCCUUAACGAAAUGUUUGUGGUCGACCCCCAUCACCAACGAAGUCAAGCUGCGAGUCUACCUAUCCGCAAUUCGCCCCAUUAUGAUGUACGGAUCGGAGACUUGGGCAGCACCAUCAACGGUUAUGGAGAGGCUUGACUGCACGGAACGAAAGCUGCUUAGACGGCUACUUGGCUACUUUUGGCCUAGGGUAUGCCACAAUGAAGAUCUGUACGCAGAAAUUGAUGUGGUUUACCGGCGGAUGACACGUGGAAGAUAUCAACAUCUUGCACCGCCUUCGAAAGCGGCUAAAGUAAAUCGUCUUCGCUUCUUUGGUCAUAUAUUAAGGAGACCGGCGGAUCGCCUUGUUCAACGAGUUCUGAGGAGUUCGUCGGGUUCGAGCUGGAAGAAGCCACCUGGCCGAAAACGGAAGUUCUGGACUGAGGUGGUAAAAGAGGACCUGAGGACACUCGGCGUGGAUAGGCAGUUCAGGCGAGACGUAAGGUUUCGCAGAAUAUGGAAUAACGACGAAUGGAUUGAUUCUGUGCAAGCUCUCGCAGAAGAUCGAGAAGGUUGGGCAGAGCUGUGUUCAAGGACGGCACACCUCGGCGAAAAUGCGGGUAAUCGCAUAGCUUAUGGCUUCCUGUUGUCUCGAACAUGGCAAUUUAUGUGUGGAUCCAUAGCAUAUGAAUAUUUGGAAGGACGACAAACGGCAAAUACUUAUCAACUCUUAUCACACCAAGACAAUGACGAGCCACACCGUACGACACGAAGAGUUCCACAAAAACGCGCUCCUGCUCUACAUGAUACUGCUUUCACUACAGCAAUCUUCUUCACUCUGCUCCAGUUAGUAUUGGUUAGUCCUGAUUUCGUGUCAGACGAUGUCGCCAGAAUUUUCUCGACUCUUCUUGCGGGUAUUACCAUAUACGUCAACUCAAACUCUUUUUGCCUCGCUAAUCCAGUUAUUGUAUACUGUGGCGACAUAUCCUACGUCCUUUACCUUAUUCACUGGCCGGUUAUAGUGGCAGCUCGCUACUACACGGAUACUCAACAACUCAGCAUCGGAGCUACCAUCGUUGUGCUGCUCGUCAGCUUUGGAGUGUCAAUAGUCGUUCACCAUUCUGCUGAGAAAUUCUUUAUUGCCAGUGGAGUGUUGCCGGCGUUAAUAUGUGUGGCUGCCUGCUACAUCUUUGUAUUUGGCACCGAGACUGAGUAUCUGAAGAGUCCACCACUUGAAAGCAUUGACCCCAACUCAUCGAAAAUUAAAUAUGCUAUCGAGUGGAACUUGCGUGAAGAUCGAAAAGUUUAUUUCCAACUGCCGUGCGAUGCGGAUAAGGACACUCAACUUUAUACAAAGUACAAGGGAGAACCUCAGCUCCGAUGUGUUGCGAAAGGUAACGGCACCGCUAACGUUCUGCUGAUAGGAAACUCGAUAGCGUACAGAGCGUAUCCGCUGAUCCACGACAUUAUGAAAGGACGUUUCAGCACGCUCAGACUCUUCGCCAGAAGCUCUUGCCCGGCUUUAUCAAACUGGUGCAAAGAAUUUUCAUCUGCGACGAGGAGCGUUGUACAACAUGUGAAACCUGACAUUCUAAUGAAUAUACAUCAUUCUUUGCACCCUCCCUUCGUAGCUCCGAUCACGGAUCUCAAGUCGGAUCUCAUUUUCAACCAAUUCCAAGCAAAUGUGGAUUUCUUCAGUAAGUUCUCGAAGCAUAUCGUGAUCGACAUGCCGUACUACAAAUACCCAGUACUGAGAACCGCAGCAGUUUUGGCUAAACGAUUGCAACAAAGUCUUCCUCCUGGCGACGACCUCGUUGUGACGUGGGAGCAAUAUAUAAACCAAACUCAGUAUCACAGAAGGCGAAUAAGUUCGAUUAAAUGCAAAAAGUGCAUCAUAAAUGACGUAGCUGAUGCCCUCUUCAACAACGGUGUCUUCUAUACCUACGACCCUCAUACAUUUCUAGCGCGACUCGGUGAUGGAAGUCACAUGACUCCCGUGGGGCUUGAGUUGCUUCGACCUCUCUACGCUAAAAUUUUGAACAAACUGCUAGCAUUGUUACCGAACUAA